AUGGGAUUUCCACCGGACAAGCAAGCUUUAUUAAAUGUCCUUAGGGCCCGCGCUUUGAAGGUUACAAAAGGUGCCGGACUGCAACCUGCAAUGGAUUGGUUAAUUGCUCAUCCUGGUGAACUUGAAGACGAGCCAGUUGGUCAAACAUUAGGUGAACGUCCAGCUGGAGAAUCUAUUGGUAGCACUUCCGAAGAUCAAGAUGAACAAACAGCACAAUCUUUACAAUGUAAUGAUUGUCAGAAAUUACUUCGUGAUGAAUUGACAGAAGCCAAAAAUCAAAUGGAAGAAAAGGAAAUGCAAAAGUUAUUAAUGGCGAAAAAGAAAGAAAAGGAGGAUGACAAAAUUGCUAAGGCUAAAAUAAAGGCGCAGAUCGAAGCAGAUAAAAAGGAAAGAGCGGCAAAGCGUGAAGCGGCAAAACAAGCGAUUCAAGUUCAAAAACAGGAAGAAGCCGCCGCCGAAGCAGCCGCCGCUUUAGCUGCAUCAAAGAAAGAAUACACCGAAACACGAUUACAGGUCCGGCUUUUAUAUACUUAUUGA